CUGGCUAAGGGAAGAGGACAUUGACACACACACACACAGAUAGACACCGGAGCUCGGAAGAGUACUAGAACAGCCACUUGUGUUCACACACCAUACACCUUGCUGAACAUAACUGGACUAAGAUACUAUUUUUCACACAGAUUGUGAGGAGUUACGUAAUUUCAGUGCCUACUUCAUGUGGGAAGGAGGAGAGACUGUUUAACAAGACGUAAACAGCUGAGAAAGUUGCACUCUAAGAUUGUCAUCAUGAAGUUACAUGUGGCACUAUUUUUUGCUGGGCUCUUUGGUGCCUUGGCAACUCUUUUCAUUCUCUUGUCUUUUGGCACGGACUAUUGGCUCUUGGCAUCAGAGACCUGCAAUUCACAUGCAAAUGGUCCGGUUACUUUGCAGCGAGGUGAUGUUGUGGUCAACCAGGGUCAGGACCAAGUUAGUGAAGACCAGAAUAUUACCUUUCAUCAUGAGGGCUUCUUUUGGCACUGUAGCUUUAAUGAAAUCAUGAAUGAUGACGGUCUGUGGAAGUUCUGGUUUGAAAAUCAGGCACAUGCAAGGGAGUGCAAACCUGCAUAUCUUCUCCCCUUUCCGUUCCCUGACCAGAUCUACAAUACUACCAGCUAUCAGACUGCCAUAAUCUACAGAGGUUUCUGGAGCGUCUCUAUGUUGCUGGGUGUGGCCGCUGUGGUGGCCGGCGGUUUCAUUAUUAUUUGCGCAGCUCCAUUUGCCAGUCAUCGCCUUUAUAAAGCAGGAGGUGGACUCUACAUCAUUUCUGGUUUCUUCCUUCUCAUUGUCACAGUGAUGUAUGUUUUCUGGCUAGAUGUUUUGGAUGUAAUAAGCUCGUAUAAGGAAUAUCAGCAGUCGAAUGAGUGCCCUGAUUUUGAGCUCAAUAUGACUUAUGGCCUCUCUUUCAUGUUUGCUCCUGUGGGCGUGUUCUUCUGUCUUCUGUCUGGUCUUCUCUUCCUAGUGAUUGGCCGUACGGUCCAACAUCAAUAUAACUGAACCUUGUGAACCGUUUCCAAACAGAAGAAUGAAAUUUUAUGCUCAAAAUGCAUUAAAGGGAUGGUUCAUCCCAAAAUGUUAAUUUUGUCAUUAUUUACUCACCCUCAUGUCGUUCCAAACCUGUAUGGAUUUCUUUCUUCUGUUGAACACAAAAGAAAAUAUUUUGAAGAAUGUUGGUAACCAAACAGUUGACGGUAGCCACAGUAUUUUUUCCAUACUAUGAAUGUCAAUGGCUGCUGUCAACUGUUUGGUUACCAACAUUAUUCAAAAUAUGUUUUUCAUGUCAUUUUUGGGUGAACUAUCCCUUUAAUUAUCUGCAAUUUAACUCUGAGGAUGCGCUGACUUUAUGACAAGGUGGGGUACAGCUAUUAUUGAUUUUGAAAUGUGCAAAUAUUGGCCAUCAUGUGUGCUGUGAGCAGUACUGUAAACAUUGAUCAUGGAUGGUUUGGGAACACUUCAUGUAUGUGUGAGUAUUUGUGCGAGUAUAGUAUUGCACAAAGCAUUAAAUUAUGUUUAAUAUGUCUAUUAGGAACCUCUGCAUUUUUAUAUUCCUCGGAUAAAUUACCAAAACAUAUUGGUAGACUCUUUUUCACCUCUCAAACCUUCUCAAGUAUAAAUGCACACAUUUUUUUUUAGUUUGUUCCACCUUGAAUUUCGAUUAUUAAUUUAUUCGUGAUUUCUAGAGUGUUUUUCCCCUCAGGCUUUGAAAUAAUCUAGACAGACUUUGUAGCAUUGUAGAAAUACCCAGCUGACCUGAAAGUUUUACAUUUUAUGUUUCACUUGCACAGCUUGUUCACACACCACAGCACAUAUUUGCUUUGUAAAUAAUAUUAUAUAUUGCUAUCAAGUACAACUGAUAUGUACUGUAAUAUUUCAAAAGAUUCAUUAAACCUUUAAUUAAAAAAAAACCUCAUUUUA